AUGGCAUCUAUGGAAUCUCUCGCAGCGACUAAAGCCCUGUAUGAAUCCCAAGGGGAUCUGCGGUCUUUGCGCACGACCCUCGUAGCUGUGACAUCAGUCAAAGCACUCUCCGAGGCGGAGCAGAAGCUGUUCAAGCAGGCCUUACCAGAGGAUCUGGUGUUUACUACCGAGGAGACCAUCUUUCAUGCCCAAGGUGGAGGACAACCAAGUGACACAGGACAUAUGCUAGUAUAUGCGGAUCCGGAAGGUGACAGCCAAGUUGCAUCUUUUCAAGUCCAAUCUGUACGUCGAACAGCAAACGGCACAAUCCUUCACCGAGGCAGGCUGGAACCGCCGGAGGCAACUGUACGCGUUGACUCGCACGUUGAGCAGCAUGUAGAUGGCGACAGUCGAGACUUAUUCUCUCGUAUCCAUACUGGGGGCCAUGUACUCGGUCUAGCCGUACGUCAGCUCGGCUCAAAGAUCCCCAGUGUUGUUGAAACAAAAGCCCAGCACUACCCUGAUGCCGCAUUCGUAGAGUUUCAGGGGAAAAUUGAGGCGCAUCAUAGCGAGUCUAUCCAGGAAGUUCUAGAUGAUCUUGUACAGCAGGAUCUUCCGGUGACGGUGUCUUGGCUUGACACUGUCAGUCUGCAAGAGAAAGGUAUUCACCUAGCGAACAACUUUUCCCGUGAGUCAGCUCCUGAAAGCACACGUGUUGUAGAGAUUGGGGAACUAGGCGGUUAUCCAUGUGGCGGGACUCAUUGCCAUAGCACGUCGAAGUUAGGCAGAGUUGUAGUAGGGAAAAUUUCAAAUAGAAAGGGCAAUACUCAGAUUAGAUACACCGUUACAUAA